CGCUGUGCUUGGUCGGUGAAGGUUGUCGAUGGUGCGAGUAGCUAGUUCCGUUUGUGCGUUUUAACGUGAAGCAGAUAUACACUUUUAGUAUUUUAUUUUUGUAACUCUUUCCGUUUUAAACUUCUGUGAUGAAAACAAGUCUGCUUGAUAUGGAUCGUAACAGCAGAGUUAUUGAAGAUUCAAAGAUAAUGGAUGUAGCAUAUAAUAUUCAAACUCUUCUAUCCAGCCUAAAUGAUGCUGAUAAUGUGAGCACUAUGAGUGUCUACGAAGGGGACCAUCGAAGUAAAAAAAGCCAAAACACAACAGAAUGUGUGCCCGUCCCCAGCUCCGAACAUGUUGCAGAAAUAGUUGGAAGACAAGGUUGUAAGAUAAAAGCUCUUCGGGCCAAAACAAAUACUUAUAUUAAAACUCCUGUCCGAGGAGAAGAACCUGUAUUUGUUGUUACUGGAAGGAAAGAAGAUGUUGCUUCUGCUAAGAGAGAAAUACUCUCUGCUGCUGAUCAUUUCAGUGCUAUCAGAGCUCAACGAAAAAACAACCUUAAUGGAACGCUUGUACCAGGUCCCAACUCUAUCAUUCCAGGUCAGACGACAAUCCAAGUCCGAGUUCCAUAUCGUGUUGUAGGAUUGGUAGUAGGCCCUAAAGGUGCAACUAUAAAACGAAUUCAACAAACAACUAACACAUAUAUUGUGACCCCUAGCAGAGAGAAGGAGCCCAUUUUUGAUGUUACAGGUUUACCUGAGAAUGUUGAAAAUGCCCGCAAAGAAAUUGAAGCACAUAUUGCCAUGCGAACUGGUGGAUCUGUCGAGGAUGGCAUUGAGGAUUACAAUUCAAACCCAUUCGAGUUCACAAAUAACCUCAAUGCUCUGACCACUAGUUCUUUCUUCAAAGGAGAUGCCACCAACAACUACAUUUGCCAAUUUCGUGAUAGCAAUAAUGUUCUGGACCUCCACAAUGUGGAUAACUUAUUCACCAGUUUCAGUGGAUCCUCUAGUCGUAAUGUCAAGCAGAACAACUAUUUCAAUACAAUUGGUGGCUUUGGAGGUUUUGGCAGGUUCGAUAAUGAGGAUAUUGCAGAUUCGCCAAGUUAUGAUACUCCAGGUGCUUCUCUUAGUGCCUCAUCAUGGCCAGAUUUUCCACACACGGUGACCGAGAAUGGAAUGUCCAUGUUUGGCUCGGCAUCUAUGAGUGCCAGCAGCUUGUCUGAUUUGUCUCGUAGCAACAGCCUUACUGGCCCUAUUGGCGAAAAUGCCUUUGGAGAACAGCAUCCUCCUGCCAGAAGGAUACACAGCGAGCCAGUAACAAUUACGGAAGUUUCCGACUUGAUUGGAAGUAUAAGCCUAGGCCUGGGCACAUCUCUUGCCAUAACUCCAUACGCUAGCACUGCGCCAUCAAGUUUAAUGUCCGGAGGAUUCAAUGCCGCUGUAUCCAAAUGCACAAGCAGUUCAUCGAGCAGUCCCAUCGAAUCUUUGGCCCCUGGUAAAAAGCCUUCACGUGAUUGUCAGGUUUGCUACGAGAGUGAAAUUGUUGCCGCCCUUGUUCCCUGCGGCCACAAUUUGUUCUGCAUGGAAUGUGCGCAACGCAUUGCUGAUGACAAAAACAUGUCGUGUCCCUUUUGUUACCAACCUGUUGAGUCAACCUUGCGCCUCCGUAACGGCUACUAAAAACUCGGAUUGGCAGCUUCUCCACCUAUAUCAAGACCUGGCUGGUGCCAGAGCCAAACAAUUUUUGCAUUAUCAUCUUUUUUAAUUUGUUUAUAUAACAAUUCACUUUGUGUGUGAAUGUCUCCAUACCCAUUUGUCAUAUUAUCCGACUGCCCCCUCCCUUCAUCAAUUCCAGAUAUAUAUCUAUUCUGAACUGAGUGAUGUUAACUUAUGAGUAGAAUUAAGAGCUGUGUAUUUUGCUGCAUCACAAUCUAAAUAUAUAAUGGAGUAUUAAAGUAAUUAUAUAAAGAUUAUAUUCUUUGAUGUCUAAUUUGUAUUUAAGAAACUUUAAAUGCAACUACUUAUUCAGGUGUAUAUUUAAACAUAUGGACAUUUUUAAAUAUGUAGUUUUUAAUUGUCAUGUGAAUGUAAUAUUUGCACAUAAAAAAUAAUUCAGUUGCCAUUUGAAAAUAUCUUUAGACCUGGAGCUUGUGUUUCGGGAAUAUUUUAUUCUUAAGAAUUUUAUAUAGUCAGUUAAUCACCUCUCCUUGUGGCUGCAUAAGUAAGUCUUGUGAUGUGACAGUUAAACUUUCUGUGCAGCCAGGGAACUGACAAAGCACAAGUUGAAAUAAUUACUCUAUUUUUAAUAUGAUUUAGUAUUCCUAUUUUAAUGUUUAUGUGGUUUCUGUAUAUGUAGACAGAUUUUAAUUAUAGCAUUGUUUUAUUUUGGUGGCCUCCCCAGGCUCGCCCCAAGAACUUAUAUUUGUCUAUUUUUCUGCUGUAAGUUUUAGUAAGUAUGAAAAAAGAUAUAUUUUUCAUUGUAGUCUUCCAGACUUCAAUUUUAUUUUUCAGAUGUUGCUUUUAUGAUAUGUUUUCUUUUUGUUAUUAAAAAAAUUCUACACACUUAUGUUAUUUUAUUUGUUAAGAAUAAUUAGCUUUAUUUAUUCUUAAAAGAAAAGUGUGUAAAAAGUAAUUUGUGAUUAUUGUUAAGCUGUCUUGUAUUGUGCGCAAUAAGAAUGUAGACGAAUUUUUAGAGCCUUUUUUAUAACAAAAAGCUCUGUACUUAUGCAAUUUUUAACUUACAUCAAUCUGCAUAACUUGGUGCAUUUAUGGAAAUAGUCUGCAGUGUUUGAGGUAUUGAUAGGGUGGCGCUGGCUGUAUACAUAUUAAUAGCACUUGUGCUUACAAUUUGGGCUAUAGACUUGAUGGACUUGCCAAUGUUAGAGACCAGUCUAGUGUUUUCGUCUGAAGAGACGCACCAAGUUUGUAACUGCUCACAAUUUUACAAUAUCAGUAUUGCUACUAUUUGUAAACAGUGCUAAUAUGAUGUUGCCUUAUCAGGGACAUGCUGUGUAUACGCCAUUAGUUGUGUAGCUACUGUAUCGUUUAAAGAAUUUCUUUUCCUUGUAUAUUAGUCUUGAUGUAGUGUUGUAACUGAUUUUUAUGUGUUUUUAAUGUUAUAUAUAUAGCUGAGAUGUGCGAGUGUCAAAAAUUAAGAAGAUUAUAAAAAGUUUGCUUGAUUAGGUCUAUGUAAAAUGAAUCAAAAGUGUAAAAAGUACUCUAAUUAAGAUUUUAUUUCUUGUUUAGCUAUUUGGAAAUGACAAAUAAUAUAUUGUGAUUAAGCUAUAAAAGCAUUUCAUUGUUCCAAAAGAAUAUGGAUUUUAAGAAUCGCACUUGGGACCAUUCAUGAAAACUUCGACUUUAUAGGAGAGAUUCCAUCUUGCCCUUCACAGGUAUCUCACCUAAUGCUAUUAUAUAUGUGCCAACUAUAAAGAUGGAAACUCCUGGCUGUUGAAUCGAUUUAUAAUUUAAAAAUGCUUUUUUUAACUAUAAAUUUUAAUUAGAAUUUUUAAGUUUAGAUUUUUUACUUUUUUAUAUAUUUAAUAAAAGUAUAAUUUUUAUUGAGUUGUGAGAAGAAUCUUAAUGUUAUUACCUUUUAUAUAUAGAUAUCUGACGAAUUAUCAUGAUGUGUAUCUUUCUGUUGUAUAUUUGAGAUUAUAUGAAUUUUGAAUUGGAGUAGUUUUUUUCCUCUGUCCUGAUUUUGCAUGAUGGAAGCACCCCAACUUGAAAGAGAUUUUUUUUUCUUUUUACUUAAAUAUUACUCGAAUCAUGUGGCAGCAUGUAUGUAUCAAUUAAACUUUAUUGGGAACACACAAAUUCACCCAGUGGAUGCAAAGCCACGAAAAUUGCAAAUACGGUUGGGUUCAUGUCAACCUUUUAAGUAUUCCAUACAUCAUGAAAUUUUAUUGAUGAGCUUAAAUCUUCAACAGAACUUAAACAGGUUGCUAAAACCUUACUGUGGAGCUGCGUUCUUAACGAAUGACAGUAAUGCAUUUACUGACGUGUAAUCAGCAAUAAAGUUAUAAUUUAGAGCAAUAAGUUUUAAAAAAAAAGCAAAUGCUAAUACAUAUCCUGUUCUCCAUAGCUCUCACUUGACAAAAUUUAUAAUUAUUGUUGAUUAAUUCUGAUAGACAAAAAUUUUAAGUCAAAAAAGUAUUCUGCCAAAUUUUAAAAUUAUUAAUUGGCUGUUAAAAAUUUAUUGAAAAAAGAUGAUUACUUUUAAAUGAAAUUAUAUGGAUGAGAAAUUAGCUUUGUAAAUAAAUGGAAUAAUUUUAAUUCUGUAUAAAACAGUAUUUCAGUACGUGCUGUGAUAAUGAAUACUAAAGUUUUGUUCCUUUAUAAUUUAUAAAUACAUAUAUUAUAUGUUCGUAAAUGAUUUUUCAAGUUUAUCGGGUGUAUUAUGUUUGCUUGAUUUCUUAUUUAAUGUUUAUGUUGUGUUUUUUAAGGUUUAUUAGUAUAAAAGAAUUUAUCUGUAAUAUAUAUAUCUAUGAAAGUAAAAGCGGCGCCCAUAUAGAUCCAGAGCCGCAUUAAUUUGUAAAGUUUAAAUAUUUAAAAGUCAUUAUGGAUAUAAAUUGUAUUUAAGUAAAUGAGAUAUUGUAUCAAGACUUUUAAGGUUGUGUGUAUAGGAAAUAGGUGCUUCUAAAUUUAUUUGUAUAAAUGAUGUUGAUUUUGAUUUACCUGAUUCUUUGUCACUCGCACAUCGUCGUUUUAAAUGUGUUGCAUCAUAAACACCAUUUACAAAGUAAAAGGAUUUUUAUCUGUAAGAUGGAUGUUACUAUGUAUUCUGGAAAUAUGAGGCUUCUAUUUAAGAGGAGAAAUUUCAUUUUGCACGACUCUCUUCUCUGCUCAAAAGUAUUUCAUAUGUAACUUGAGAGGGUUGUCCAUCUGUUCUGUACUAUCUAAUUUUUGUAGUGUUGUGUACAAGGCCAACAUCCACAUUUUUCAUUAUGUACCAAGGUUCCAUGCUCUAAAGUAAUUAAUUCCCUGCAUAUAUAUUUUAUUAUUCAAGUUUUUAAAUAUAUUGUGAACAAAUCUAUUUUGGAUUUUCUGGAAUUACCCACUUUUCUGCGCAUUCGACACAAUGGACGAAGUGUGCUUGCGCAUGUGAUUUUAUGUACUUAAAUGUUACAUUAUUUUUUCUUUUUCACAUUUGCUAAUAUAAUUUUUAUUUUUGACAUUUUCAAAGUGUUUCAAUAGUAAUAAAAGUUAAAUGGAAAAGUUUAUAAUGUAAGAUGUGGUUUUGUUCACGUUAUUUAGUUAUUUGGGAUAUAUUUUAUAUAAAUAUAUAUCUAUUUUGCCAAAGACUAUACAGUGUUUUGAGUAAAAUCCAAUAUCGACCAUUUAUAGUAAAUGCCAGUUUUUAUGAAUUGUAUUUCAAUAUCUUAAAACUUUCAAUUAAAAAUACUAAAUAUUUUAAGAUGUCUUAAUUAGUAUUUUUGCACUUUAACUAGACAUACCACAUUUUAGCAAUAACAAGCAUAAUACAUAAACAGCAUUGUUACAGAACUAGUUUAUAAAAUAAAAUGUAUCAUAAAUAUCAAUAAAUACUUUAUUCCUAUAUGAUAUGAUUUGGCAGUUGUCUGUGUUGGUUUUUAUCAUUCAAAUGCCAGAAAUAGGUAGUAUAGCUUAUUCAACUAUUUAUAGCUAAGGUAUUGGCUUUUUCAUGAGGAUUGCCCCCAUAUGUGGUAGCACAAACGGCAAUUGCCAAUGUCCUAGUAUAUAGGCAGGUUAACUAAGCCUAAAUCCCGUUACCAUACUUCCCCCCUCUGUUAAUGAAAGUUGGCAAUAGAUAGUAGACAAGCAGAAUUUCCAACAUUCAAUUUGAAAGAACAUGUUCAAAUAUAUAAUUGAAUUUAUUGGCAUUUACCUAUCAUAAAAAAGAUAUGGUAUUGUGGUAUGUGUUUUAUAAAACAUUUACACAUAAGUUAAGCUUGCUGAAAAAGUGCUGGCUAAGAAAAUACUGAAAAUUUGAUUAUAAUUUUUCGACUAUAGAAAACAAUUUUUUAAAAAGUAAGAAUGGGAAAAGUAAAUUGCGCUUUAUAGAACUCUCGUUUUUGACAACUUCUUAUUAUUUAUGGUAAAAAAAAAUUAAUAUUUUAAUAAUUUAAGUUUUAAAUUGAAUGUUAUAGAUUCACGACAUUUUGCAUCAGUGAUUUAUGAAAUGUGUGAACAGAAUAACAGCGGAAUAUAGAUUAUUGCUAUUAGAAAAUUAAAAUAACCUAGCAGAUAUUAAUUGACAGUGUAAAAAUUAUAAUAACCACAUUUGAUUGCUCCAAAUUUGCUACAACAUAAUAAGCAUUGCAAAAGCACGCGUUCAAAGAGAUACAAAUGGGAUGAGUAUUUUCAAACGAAUGGUUUGUGUUGGAGUUGUCGACAGUUAUUUCCAACUUGAAAUCAAAGAAGUCAUUUCUUCCAUCCUCCAAGUUUGAAAAGCAUUUCUUAAAGGUUUGUUCUGAUAGAAUUUUCACAAAUGGCUUUCAGGAAAUGAAUGCAAAAAAAAAAACGGCACCUACCAACUUGAAAAGAAAUAAACCAUCUCAUUUUGAUUGUAAACUGAUGCAUGAUUAUUUUUCAGUUCUGAAAUUCUUUGCUCAUCCGAGAGUUGCUAUUGGGAUUGUAAACUGAUGCAUGAUUAUUUUUCAGUUCUGAAAUUCUUUGCUCAUCCGAGAGUUGCUAUUGGAAUACAACUUUUAAUAUGUGUAAUAAUCGGAAACAAAAAAAAAUUAUCGCAUUAUAAGUAUAAGUAAAAGCAAUUAUUGAUCAAAAUUGUGACUUAAGCUUAAAAUUAAAAGCUAGUUUUGAAGGCAUAUUUGCUCCAAGAAAAAUGAAACAAAGGACAAUUCUUAUUUAAUAAUUCUUUACUCAAUAAAUUGGGUAGAAGCAUUGAUCUUAUUUAUUCUUAGUUGUGCAAUGAAUUCUUUUAAAUGAAAAAAAGACAUUGUAAAAUACUUGGUGUUUUUACUUGUAUGGGUUUCUUGAAAUUAACGGGAGCUUAAUUUUGAAUCAAUUACCUUGUAUGCAUGUUUUUUACAAUUAGGAAAAAAAAAAAAAAAAUGAGAGUUGCUGCUGGUACUGAAAUCAAUCACAAGAAUAAGAAAUUUUUUUUAGCUUUCGGUGGAUAUUGAGUUGGAAAACUAGGAUGAUUUUUUAAAGAGCAGGAUUUAUAUUUAAAUUUCUACAAAGAUGUUCAGAAGAAACAAGGCUCAAUGUUC